UAUUGAUGCAUCGUGUGUGCGUGUCCUUUUGCUGUACUCGGUUGUUGAAAGAAGGCAGUUUUACUCCAUGAUUAUUCGUGCGGCUUUUUCCUUUUCCUGUUGAUAUAGUAAUUUCCCUGUUAUUCAAAGGAUUAUGUUCAGAAGUGUAGUAUUGCUGGCAGUGCUUGCCGUGUGCGUUUUGAGUGCACAGUCUGCAAUUGAUGUGGAAAUCGAGAACAAAAAUGUAGAUCGCACUAUAGAUCUUACUUCACAGUUAGUCAAAAUUUCAUACAAAAUCACACUGGAGCACAAGUCGAAAAAAGCGAUCAAUAGUUAUUUGUUCAUAAUUCAGAAUGAAGAACGAGAGCGUUUGGCAUUCAUUGCCGCUAAAGAUUCAUCGAAAAAAGAUUUGAAGCUAACUGAAACGCCUUCACCGAAAGGUGUAAUUUUUUCGAUGACCCUGCCGGCUGGAUCAUCUAAUCCGGUUGUGUACAUUGAUACGGUAUUCACCAAAUCGCUUAAGCCCUAUCCAACAUCCAUAGCACAAACUGAACGGCAACUGGUGCAGUACUUUGGUAACGUUUAUUUUUAUUCGCCAUUCAAAACUGUUACUCAGAAAACAACGGUCCAUCUAAGCUCUCGCAAUGUAGAAAGCUACACACAGUUCAAGCCGGUUGUUCAAUCGGAUAGUACGAUUACUUAUGGUGCAUAUGACAACAUUGCUGCUUUCUCUGUGGAACCGCUUGCCGUACAUUUUGAAAAUUAUACUCCAUUUAUGACCGUGACUACAUUGGAACGAGUGAUUGAAGUGUCUCACUGGGGAAAUAUAGCAGUUGAGGAAACCAUCGAUAUCGUCCAUUCCGGAGCCGCUCUGAAGGGGGCUUUUUCUCGUUAUGAUUAUCAGAAAGAUUCACGCUCCAAUCAAGCAUGUGUUAAAUCGUACAAAACUUUACUCCCAGCUUCUGCAACAGGAGUGUACUACCGAGAUACCAACGGAAACAUUUCUACUUCUGCCAUGCGUGUAUUGAAGGAUGCGGUUGAGCUAGAUCUGCGGCCACGUUUUCCACUAUUCGGAGGAUGGAAAACACACUACACUCUGGGAUAUAACGUUCCCAGCUUUGAAUAUCUUUUCCAAACCGGAGAAAAUUAUCUGUUGAAGAUGAGACUUGUUGACCAUAUCUUUGAUGACAUGGUUGUGGAUGAAGUUACGACGAAAAUCAUUUUACCGGAAGGAUCCACCAACAUUAAAUUGAUAGCUCCUUAUUCAGUAACCCGUAAUCCAGAUACACUGCAUUACACAUAUCUGGACACCUUUGGUCGUCCCGUGAUCUCAUUCAGCAAGAAAAAUGUGGUAGAGAAUCAUAUCGCUGAUUUCAACUUGAAGUACAAUUUUAGUCGAGUGAUGAUGCUGCAGGAACCGUUGCUGGUGGUAGGCUUCCUCUACAUCAUGUUUGUCUUAGUAAUCAUCUGGAUGCGGUUGGACUUUUCCAUUCUCAAGGAAAAAGAGCAUCUACACAAAGAAUAAGUAAGAAUUGUGAUCCACUGUAAUCGUAAUGCUACCGUCCUACGCAGAGCUGCCCCAUGCUCUAUGAGAUUUCUCAUCUACAUGGGACAUUUAUGUGUGGAUCAGUAGAAUAGUAAUUGCUUACAUUAUUCCAUGCUGCAUUUUACUAGUUUUCCAAUUUAAAUCUCACUGCAUUUACGAACAGAAAAUAGGCUGUUGUGUGCACUGUACUGCUCAAUUUAGUUCCCAAAGCUUUCACCAACGAAACAGCAAGCAGUACACAAAUUAACAGUAGCAGGGUUUACAACAAUUUUACAGUGUAAUAAUUGUGUAACAUUAUGAGCUAUUAGUAACAAUAAACAUUGCGAAACAAA